CACUUUGUGAGGUAAGCCACCGGCUGCAAACCUCAAGACUUGGAACGAAAGGAAGUGCUGAAGAAAUGAUGAAACUCACAUGGAAGAACAAGAACAAUAAGCGCCCCAUCACAACCAUCUCUCACCUUCCAUUCGAUCAAGAAGAAUUAACCAGCACCGAUGAAGAACGAUGUAAAGCUGGAGAUGAUGGUUCUGCCCAACCGUCUACGGCGGUUUCUCCUGUUGACGAGACGAUCCGACUUGCCGAAUCGUUUGAAGCACAAGGGAACAAGCUUGCAGAGUUGGGAAAAUACCGUGAAGCACUUGGAAAGUGGGAAGCUGCUAUCACUUUGAUGCCUGAGAGGGCAACUUUACAUGAGGAGAAGGCUCAAGUUUUACUUGAAAUUGGAGAAACAUGGAAGUCCCUACUGGCAGCAACUCGUGCCACUCAAUUGGAGCCUUCAUGGGCUGAGGCGUGGGUUACACUUGGUAGGGCGCAGCUAAACUAUGGGGAGCCUGAUAGUGCCAUAGAGAGCUUUGACACAGCAUUAGCUAUUAAGCCUGAUUCCGUGGAGGCAAAGGAGGAUAGGCAAACUGCGUUACAUCUCAUCAAGAAACGGAAACAACUUCAUUCCUCGGGCCUCAGCAUUUCCGAGAACCGCUACGUGGUCGGAGAGAAAAACCCCGUAUAAAAAACAGGCAUCUCCGGUUUCUUAGUGUAGCUUCUUACAUGUUGUUAUAUAUAGAUUAAAUGAUUCUUUUUUCUUUUUCUGUGCUUACUUUUUACUCGUAAGUCGGGUCAUGAUAGUUGUUCGACCCUUUGAAGUAGAGGAUACUUUUGUAUGCAUCUUGUCCCUAGACCCUGUUUUCAAGUAGAUGCACUAUGUUUGGCUUACAACAAAAUCGGGUUUAUAAGAAACCAAAAUUGUCUAGUUGUUCUAA